UCUCCCACUCUCUCACCCCCGACGGCCAUGGAAGAGGCGCUUCGGCAGCGGCUGCAGCGGAGCCGGCUGCGGCUGGUGCAGGAGCUGCGGGUGGAGCCGCUCUGGGACCUCCUGGCGCAGCGAGGGAUCUUCACCCAGGACAUGAUCGAAGAGAUCCAGAAAGCCGGUACCCGGAGAGACCAGGCCAGACAGCUAAUCACGGACCUGCAGACCCGAGGAAAGGAAGCGUUCCCUACUUUCAUCUGGUGCCUCCAAGAAACGGGGCAGGGUGCCCUGGCGGCUUGGCUGAGCGAAGGGUAUGACCAGUCACAAUGGGGUCCAGCUGAUCUACGCCCGGUUGAAGUCCAUUCCCAUUCUGGACUGAGUGACCCACGUGUCAGGACUUCUGAUCAUUUGCCUUCUCUAGUCCCGGUGGCGAAGGAGAGAUUCCGAGAACCAAGCCGUGACACUGAAGCCUCUCGGGGCCCUGUGGAGGAGACAUCCCAGAGGGACUUUGAAAUGGCUUAUACCCUGAAGAGCAUCCCGUGUGGUUACUGCCUCAUUAUCAACAAUGUGACCUUCAGCAGGGACUCUGAGCUGAAUCCUCGGCUGGGAUCCGACAUCGACUGCGAGAGGCUGGAAAGGCGCUUCAGACUCCUGCACUUCACCGUCUUGGUCCGGCGAGAUCUUAAAGCUCAGGAAAUUGUGAACGAGCUUCAGCGCCUGGCAAAGCGGGAUCACAGCUCUCUGGACUGCUGUGUGGUGGUGAUUCUUUCCCACGGCUGCCAGACCAGCCACAUUCAGUUUCCGGGAGGAAUCUAUGGUACGGAUGGAAGGCCCAUUCCGGUGGAGAAGAUAGUCAGCUAUUUCAAUGGGUUGCACUGCCUCAGCUUGAGGGGGAAGCCCAAGCUUUUCUUCAUCCAAGCUUGCGGAGGAGAGCAAAAGGACCGUGGCUUUGAAGUGGAUUCUGAGCCUUCAGUCAAUCAGGCCCGUGGUAGCACCCUUGAGUCGGACGCUAUCCCCUUCCAGGUGCCUUCAGGGGACUCAGAUGAGCCAGACGCUGUAGCAAGCUUGCCCACUCCCAGCGACAUCUUGGUGUCCUAUUCAACUUUUCCAGGUUUCGUAUCUUGGAGGGAUACACAGAGUGGCUCCUGGUACGUCGAAACCCUGGACAGUGUGUUGGAUCAGUAUAGCAGUUCGGAAGAUCUCCUCUUCAUGCUUCUUAGAGUGGCCGACACCGUUUCUGCGAAAGGGAAGUACAAGCAAAUGCCCGGCUGUUUCAACUUCCUCCGAAAGCGCUUUUUCUUCAUCACUCAGUGACCACUCCGCUUCACGUGACAGGGAGACGUCUGCUGGUAUAUAGGGGCAAUGCUCCCAGGCAGUAGGGUUUUCUCGAAGAUGUCCGACAUUUGGAUGGGCCCUCCGUGGAUCGAUUUUGUUCCUUUGGCUUGUCAUGACUUUGUCACCAUCGAUUACUGUGAAAAGACUCCUCUUCUUGGUGGAACUUCCAGGACGGGCUUCCUAGCCUGGGCCACUUUGGGAAGAGCCUCAAAUGGAUCCCAGGAGCUACUUUACUCCUGCGGUCUGCUUUACUUUCCUUUUCUGUCCAUGGGGUAGUUUUAUGGCUCCUUCCAUGAAAAAUAUUGUGCAAUCUCUCCCCCUCUCUCCUCUCUCCCCCUCUCUCCUCCUCUCCCCCCUCUUUCCCCCCUUCCUCUCCUCCUCUUCUCCCCUUCCUCUCUCCCCCCUCUUUUCCCCUUCCUCUCUCCCCCUCUCUCUCCUCCUUUCAUCUCUCCCCCCUGUCUCCCCUCCCUUCCUAUCUCCCCCUUUCUCUUCCCUCCUUUCCUCUCUCCCACCCCCUUUCUCGCUCCCCUCCUUUCCUCUCUCCCACCCUCUCUCGCUCCCCUCCUUUCCUCUCUCCCACCCUCUCUCGCUCCCCUCCUUUCCUCUCUCCCACCCUCUCUCUUCUCCCCCUCUCAUAUUUCAGUCCCAGCUUGCUUUAUUGUCCAAUGCUACCAAGCAUCUUGAACCUAGUUUAAUUGCCAUGGCUCUUUCCCCUCCCUGGCUUAAGGCAGGGAUGUCCAACUGCAGGCCCCUCCAGCUGUUGUGGCCUACAACUCCCAUCAUUCCCAGUCACAGUGGCCAGUAGCUAGGCAUGAUGGGAGUUGUAGGCCAACCGUGACUGGAGGGCUGCAGUUGAACACCCCUGACUUAAAAAAUGCUGCAGAGUGAGUUAAGGUGCUCUAAAUCAUCUUCUCUGAAGCCCCUUUGAAGCUCCAGUUCCCAAAUCACUCCAGGGAAACCAGAAUAGGUAAACCAAGUUUCUAGUGUAGAUGAGCCCUUGAAUAAAAAAAGAAAGAAAAGAAAAGAAAAAUCUAGCAUUUUUUGUUUAGGGAGAGGGAAUGCAUUUUGCAUGUUUUCUGUUGAUCAUUUGUAAUACUGUAUUAAAUAUUCUAUAUUUGUA